AGUGUGGAACAGGUCCGCCCGGUCUUCUCCUCCGCUGCUUUUUACUGAUGACACACCUGCUGGCUUGGGAGGAGCUGAGACAGGUGGACGCUCCUUAACUGAGUGGGGAGACGCCGCGGGAGACAAGAAGGGAGUGAGAGGAAACAGGAAAGAGGAGAGCGAGAGGGCGAGAGAGAGAGAGAGAGAGAGCGAAGGAGUUGGAAGAAAACACUCAAGGACUCAGAUUACACAGACGGGCCUGAACGGUCUCCCCAAGAUGUCGAAGAAACCGGAAUACAGUCCUGUAAAGUUCAGCAAGAGUCAGGCCAAUGAUCUGGCUGUGGUGAUUGCUCGCAUGCAGAGCAAUGCAGACCAAGUCGAGAAGAACAUCCUGCGAGCAGAGGAGCUGCUGGCUGUGGAUGCAGAGCGUGAUGGGAAGAAUCAGCAGCUGAUCCACCAGAAAGAGAACGCAGACAACCUGGCGGAGGCCGAAGGGCUGCUGAAGGACCUUUUCAUGGAUGUGGACAAAGCCAAGAAGUUGCAGCACCCUCAGUCGGCCGAGAUAGAAAAAGAUGUGAGAAAUCUCCAUGACCGCUGGGCAAAUGACUGUGCCACCUACAGGGAGCUGUACGACCAGGUGCAAGACCUGGAGUUGGCAAAAAAGAUUGGCUGGGGUCCUUUGCUGGAUGAAAAGCUGAAACAGAUAAAUGCAGAGGCAUAUGGCCCCAACCUGUCUGAUGUAGAGAAGCAGAUUGCAGCACAUAAUAUUCUGCACCAGGAGAUAGAGGCCUACAACACCCAGCUGCAGCCCAGCACUACCACCUCACAGGAGCAGUACGCAGCCCUCAAAGAGAAAUACGCAAAAGUUUUCGAGAGCUCCCAGCGCAGGCGCAGCUACCUGGCUUCUCUCUAUGAAUACAUGCAAGGCUGCAGUAAGGAGCUGGUUUACCUGUCGGGCCAGCAGGAUAGGAUCCUCCAGAGAGACUGGAGUGAUCGCAUGGUCGAUCCCCCGGGAGUCCGCAUGGAGUAUGAGAAAUUCAAAAAUAAUGGCCUGAUAGCACAUGAGGGUGAGAUCAACCAGCUGCAGGAGGAAGGAGAUCGUCUGGUUGAAAUGAAACACCCUGGCACCGCAACAAUAAAGGCACACAGAGACGCUGUGCAGGCUGAGUGGCAGGCCUUUCUCAACUUGUGUCUAGCACAGGAAAAACACUUGGACAACAUUGAAAACUACAAAAAGUUCCAGCUGGAUGCAGAGACGCUGUCUGAAUCCCUGGAGAGACUCAAUUCCACUCUGAACCCGAAGUCUCUGGCCAACAAGAGCAACCCUCAAGUCCUGCUGGCCCUGGAGGGAGAUGAACCAGCAGUGAAGAGGAAUGAGCAGCGCCUGGCCGACCUCAGGGAGAGCAGCAGCAACGUCACGCCUCUGAAGUUACGCCGAAUGCAGCCCACCAAACCGACCAUGGUGGUGUCCCUGUGUGACUGGGCUGAUGAAGAGGACAUGGUGAGGCGUGGUGAGAAGCUCAUCCUAAAGUCCAACUCUGAUAAUAAGGACUGGGAGCUUCAGACCAGCAGCGGCAAGAUCAAAACCCUCCCUGGGGCAUGUUUUAUGGUCCCACCCCCUGAUGCUGAGGCCCUGGAGAAAGUAAACAGCCUGGACAGAGCACUGACAGACCUGAAGAGCCGUAGAUCUACGCUAAUUGCCUCGUUGAAGAACCCCACUGUGGAGGUGGUUCGCCCUCAGAAAGCAGUCGCUGUACAAAGUGCUCCAGAGGAUCCCAAAGCUGCAGAGCUAGCUGCUGAAUUAAACAAGAUCAACAACAACCUGGAAAAGACUGAAAAAGAAAUCCUGAGCCGGCUGAGGGCCCCGCUAGACAACCGCAAUCCCACACAAGACCUGGCGAACAGGCUGCAAGAGCAUGAGAAAUCUGCUCUGAUUGUAAGGAAGCUGGAGUCUGAGAAGUCUGGGAUCCAGAGAGAGAUGGAGCCAAUUCUGGCCAAGAAGCCCCUGGGACCCACCGCCUCUAUCCUGCCUCUGAAACUCAGCGCUGCCAAUAAUAAGAUUGAUGACCUCAACACCCUUAUUGAUCUUUAUAAUAAAAAAGCUACAGCCUCCAUGUUCCUAGAAAAACAGAUACAGAAUGUGGACGGCAUUGUCUCUGGGUUUGAGAACCAGCUAGCUAAAGAUGGCACCGUUCUUGACCAAUCUAAUGCCCUCCAGAGUCGCAACCAGCAGCUACAGACACUGCGUAAGGAUGUUGCCUCAAAGAAGGAUGAGGUGAAUAAGUUAGGCAGAGACUUGGACCUGACCAAGCAAGCGUGCAGCUCCCUGCAGCAGAGUUUCAAUGAAUACUGUCCCGACAUCCGUCGCCAGGAGGAUGAGGUGAAACAUCUGAAGAACCGUUACACAAAUGUCAAUAAUCAACUCCAGGAAAGGUCUGCUCUCAUACAGGAAGCAAAUAAUAGAAACCAAGAUUUCCAGAAUGCGGCCCAUUCACUGGAUUUUUUCUUGGUCAAUUUGCCCAACAAUAAGAUCAAACCUACUGAUGAUGUGGUGCAGAUAACAGCCAAGCAGAACUCUCAGAAGAAAGUGAUAGAGGACAUCAAGAGGAAAUCAAGUGAUUUAGACAGAGUCAAAGAUCUUUCCCGUGACCUGCAGAGCAUCUUAAAUGAGUAUGAAGUUAAGUCAAACACUUUCCGUAGUACUCUGAAUGAUGACGACGAUAAUGAUGAUGAUGAAGAUGACGAUGAUGAGGAACCAGUCCCAAAGAAACGUCAGACUUCAACUAUGGCUCAGGCUGUACAGAGAAAGGAGAGAGAUCUACUGAACCUUUUCUCUGAGGUGUCUGCAGAGAACAACCAGCUACUCAGCCAGCUGGGGACGGCAAAGAACAUAAAGGCCAGGAAUGAAGAGAAAGUCAGUCAGAUCGUUGUCAGUCAGCAGCUGCAGCUACAGAGCCAGCAGAAGGACCUGGAGGAAAGUGAUAGCUUGAAAAAGGAAUUAAGUGAGGAGGUUGCCAGGCGCUUACAUGCUGAAAGAGACCUGGAAACAUACCGCAAGAGGUUUGUGUCUCUGAAGAGCAGGAGGGGAGUGGAGAGGUUGGAGGAGAAGGAGGUGGUACAGUACUAUCGUGACCCAAAACUGGAGGUGGAACUACAGUCCCUGAAAAAGCGGAUCCAGGAUGAAGAAUUUAAGAGGUCAAGAACCCGUUCAGAGAUAGAGAUUCUAAAUGAGAGGGUUAUCAAACUGGAAUUACAGCUGACCACAAUUGAACCCAAACUGGUGACCAAGGUACUGACUGAAUACGAGAGAGAUCCGCAACUUGAUAAAGAGGCAGCCAAGAUUAGAGAGGAGAUCCAGAGGUUACAACUGGAGCUCCAAACAAGAGAUACUGAGGCAGUUCAUGUGAAAACUGAGCUUACCGUUCUGGCUCAGAAGCAACCAAAAAUCAGGGAGAAGGUUGUUAAGAAAGAAGUGGUGAGGCUUGAAAAGGAUCCAGAGAUGUUACAAGCUGUUCUCACGUUCAAGAGUGAUAUUGCAGAGGAGGAGUUCCGGUGCAAGUCCCUGAAUGAUAGCAUUUUCAGCACAAGGAGCCAGAUUAACACAAUAGAGAGGAUCAUUCCAACCAUCCAACCUAAGAUAGUCACCAAGGUGGUGAAGCAAGUCCAGCAAGACCCGGAAUCGCUCGAAGAGUCAAAGAAACUACGUACAGCCUUGGAAGAGGAGAAGGAUGAGAACGCUAUCUUGAUGAAGGACUUGACUACACUUCAGCUACGUUAUGGUGAACUGGAGAAGCUCAGGCCAAAAGUUGAGGUCAAAGAGGUCAUCAAUGAGAUCUACAGAGUUGACCCUGAGACAGAAGUAGAGCUGGUGCGUCUUAGGAAAGAACUACAGGACUCUAGCCGUAAUCGUGCAGACCUGGAGAAAGAAAUCAAGACAGUGAUAACCAACCUAACAACUCUGCGUUCUCAGAAACCCAAAGUGGAAUACAAGGAGGUGACACAGGAGGUGAUCAAAGAAGAGAAAAGCCCAGAAGUCUUAAGGGAAUUGCAAAGGCUGAGCAACCAAGUCUCCCGUCUGAAGCUCAACUAUGACACAACCUUGGAGCUGCUUACCCACCUUCGUAAAGAGAGAGAUGAGCUGAAAGCUGAAAAAUCCAAAGUGGAGAUGAAGCUAGUAAAUAAAGAGGUCAUCAAAUAUGAGAACGAUCCUCUUAUUGAGAAAGAGGCUGACAGACUUCGGAGGAAUGUGAGAGAAGAGAUUCAGCUGCGUCGCAAAGUGGAGGAGUGUCUCUUUGACCUCCAGAACCAAUAUAUUGUCCUUGAAAGGCAAAAGCCAGAGGAGAAGAUCGUAACGCAGGAAGUGGUACGUCUUCAGAAGGACCCCAAGCAGAUUCUGGAGCAUGAGAAGUUGAACAAGACUCUGGAUGAUGAAAUGAAAACCCGUAGGAAGCUUGAAUUAGAGGUCAGACAGCUCAGAGCCCUGGUUAAAGAGAAAGAGAGUACCCUGGCUCAGAUGGAUGAUCGAGAGAGGAAGAUUCAAGUGGAGUCAGAGCUCAGGCAGCUCAAAUCUCGCAUUCUUGAAAUGGAAACUGCUGCCCCACCUGUUGAAGAAAAGAUCAUCAUUGAGGAGGUCUUGAAAGUGGAGAGGGAUCCAAAGCUGGAAAAACUAACUGAUGGCAUUCGUGCUGACUUGGAGACCGAAGGCACCAAUAUUAGUCGUAUAGAGAGAGAAAUUCGCAACCUGAAGGUCAGAUUGGAAAUUCUGCAAAAGGAGAAGUCAAUUGAGAAGGUUGUUUACAGAGAAGUUGUUCGUGUAGAGAAAGACCCAGCAGUCGAGGCAGAAAGGGAACAUCUAAGAGAGCUUGUAACACAGGAGAGAAAUCUCAGACGGGACCAGGAGGAUAACAUUCAGAACAUCAACAUCAAAAUUACACAUCUACAGACAUCAAAGUCUGUGACAUCUCAGGAGGAGACUACUCUCAUCAGCAACAGAAAUGCUCUGCAGAGAGAGAAGGAGGAUCUCCUCAAACAGAUCAAGAUGUUAGAGUCUCAGAGACAGAACAUCAGCAUUACCUUCCAGCAGCAAUCCAAGCUGAUGAGUGAGAGAAACCAGAUGUUACGGCAAAGGAGUCUCAAGGCAUCCUCUGAAAUACAACGGCUGGAGAAAGAGAUCCUGAACGAAAAAGACAAAAUACACCAGAGAGAGACGCUCAUCAUUGAACUACAGAAUGGCAUUAAGAAAGAGGACCAGACUGAAACCCACACCAGAGAGACAAAUCUUUCCACCAAGAUCACCAUCCUGGAUCCAGAGACCGGUAAAGACAUGUCUCCAUAUGAGGCCUACAUGCAGGGGCUAAUUGAUCGCAACCACUAUAUUCACCUGUCGGAGCUGGAGUGCGACUGGGAGGAGAUCACUUCCACUGGUCCUGAUGGGGAUACAACAAUUCUGCAGGAUUGCAAGAGUGGGAAACAGUAUUCUGUCAAGGAUGCUCUGAGGCAUGGUCGCUUGACCCAGUAUGAUGUGAUCCGCUACAAGGAAGGGAAAAUGUCCAUUUCUGAGUUUGCCCUGCUUGUCGCAGGGGAGACCAAAAAGCCUUACAUUCCUCCAGUAACAGCCCCAAGAUCACCCACCAAACCUGUCCCAUCCUCUCCCUUGAACGCCAUGCCAUCACCUCUGAGGUCCUCCUAUACCAGCCUCAACACUCACCUUAGCGGCAGUUUGAACAACCUCACUGCUUCUGCAGGCGAUGAGCAUUUCCCAAUCUCUGGUAUUUUUGACACCACCACGGAAAGCCGAAUGUCUGUGAGAAGUGCUCUCACCCGCAAACUCAUUGAUGCUGACACAGCUCUGAAGUUGCUUGAAGCACAGGCAGCCUCCGGAGGAAUUGUUGAUCUCACUAAAAAGGACAAACUGUCUGUCCACAAGGCAGCUGAACAUGGUCUCAUUGACAAGAGUCAGAUGUAUAAACUUCUGAAUGCCCAGAAAGCCUUCACUGGAGUUGAGGAUUCUUUAACUAAAGAGCGUCUUGCAGUAGGACCGGCAGCACAGAAAGGAUAUAUUCCAAAAGAAAAUGCCAGAAGGUACAUGGAGGCACAGUACCUGACCGGUGGGUUAGUGAAUCCUAGUAAAGCAGGCCGCCUCACUGUCCAAGAAGCUCUUGCCACCAAUAUGAUUGACAGCACAACAGCUAGUGAGCUGCAAGACGAGGCGUCCUAUGCAAAGGAGCUGGUAGACCCCAUCACUAAAGAGAAAAUAUCAUACAAGCAGGCAAUGGAUCGGUGUAAGAGAGACAUCAGCACAGGGCUCCUGCUGCUUCCUGUGGCCUCCACUGAUGCUGCAAAUGCUCCAUCGUACUCAAACUAUCGGUUCAGCUCCCCUUACAACAAAUUCUAGAUGUGCAGUUUAAGAUGUGCCACACUUUUUUGCUACAACCACUGGUGCUAAAGGGUGUACACUAAUUGACAUGUAAAAAAAAAAAAAAAAAAAAAAAU